GUUAGCUUAGCCUAGCCUAGCCCAGCUUAGCUUAGGAUAACACUCAAUGUGCUGCUGCUGCUGCUUUUCUCAUGUAAACUAACAUUAUCUAACAUGAAGAAGGCACUUCUGUCUAUCCGUCUAUCACUGUCACUUCUGUCCAUAAUUAUUAUCGUUCUCAUCUCACUCGUUGAAGGAAACAGUCGAUAUUCGUACGCAGAUUGCACCUAUGUGAAGGGACACUACACCUCUAAGUAUUAUGGAAGUCGAUGUUUUUGUUACACUGCUACAGGAAUCAAAUGGAAAGACAUUUGGUCCACAUUCCAGGUCAGUGUGACAAGUUCUGAGGAUGUCUACGUUGUGUACCCCAUGGAGGCCAGAAACUGCCAUGAUCCCUUUAAGAAUAUUUUAACACUGGCAACAUGUAUGAUUGAACCCUACUGGCCCUCCAGGAUACACAAGGAAAAGAUGCUGGACAUUCCACUUGCUGAAGAGGAAGUUUUCUUCAUGACAAAGUCUCCCAGGGCCAGUGCAGAGUACACCCUUCAAGUAGAAGGACAAAGGUUUAACUGGAUGCGCUUUUUCCUCUUUGCAAGUGGACUCAUGCUUUUCUUUUUUGCUGGAGCUGUGUGUAGGAGCUCUUUAUUUUUCUACGUCUCAGGGAUUUCACUGGGGAUGGUCUCCGUUUUAGUUUUUCUGCUUUUGGUCCUGAAAAGCUUUAUUCCAAAGCGAGGACUUUUCUUGGUGUUGUUCGGCGCUGGAUCUGGCCUUUCCUACCUGGGCAUCCAGAAGAUGUUGAAUGAAGGGGAUGACAUCAUGAGGGUGUAUUGGAGAGAAGUCCUAGGGUACCUGCUUGUGUCAGGCCUUGUCAGUUUUAUUUUCUGCUACAGACAUGGUCCAAUUACCAACAGGCGCACACUAAACCUGAUGACCUGGGGUCUGCAGGCUGUAGCCAUGGUGGUGGCCUGCCACGGGAUCACCUAUGCCCCUCUUUCCUGGAUGCUACUAACCGUGCUGCUGUGCUAUAAGAUUGUGCCUCUGGUGUGGGCCAUACUGCUGGGGAUAUGGAGACAGAUAUGUUGGCUGCUGGGUCUCUUCCGGGGCAGGAGGCACCUGAAAACCAGGCUGCUGACGGAGGAGGAGUAUAGGGAGCAAGGGGAGAGACACACUAAAGCUGCUUUAGAGGAAUUGAGGAAAUACUGCAACAAUCCUGGCUUCCCUGCAUGGGACACCGUACUAAAACUCCGGUCUCCACAAGGGUUUGCUGAGUUCUUGCGCAGUGGAUCCCAUGUCACUGCCACUGAGCAGCAAAGCUAUGAGCAGCAGAGCCAUGAGCAGCACUUCGGUUUGGUAGAGGAGUAUGACGAAGACGCACUCUUGAACUCGGCCAAGCCAUCGCCCACAUUGGAAGACCUCAGCGAGAAUGCGCUACAUUCAUACUCACACAGUCCUCCAACUCCUAGCCCCUUCAAUUCCCUUCCUGCCCUGCCCAGCCCACCUGUCUAUGGAGGGCCAAUCUGCCCGUACCCCCCUACUCCCUUCACCCCACUACCACAACUUCCUUUCACAGAAGAUGACGACGAGCCCUUCUGACAGAAAACAGACUUGAACACAAAAUCCUUUUACACUUUUUCAUUGAAGUGAUUACUGGAUCACUCUGUAGGAUAAAACACAUGAGAAGAGUGUUUCUCUCAGAAGAACAGCUAUUGUAUAUUAGGAAUGUACUGUCAGGCAGUGUUUUUCCCUUUUCAUCAAGAGACUCUCUGGGAUUUUGGCUUUUCAGCAGCGACUUCAUGCUUGAUUUCUUACUUUUAGCCCUGAGAUGUAUAGACAUAAGGUCUCAAUUGGGUUGGAAACACUGCUGUUUUGUAUAAAUGUUAAUAACGGCUCGAAUGUUUACUGUACUUGUCUGGAGAGCGUCAGAAUCAUGAGGCCGUUUUUUAUUAUUCAGGGAAAUACUGCCCUCCAGUGUCUGCCUGUGGAAUAACCACUCAAACGAAGCCACACUCCCAUCAACAGUGCAUUGUGGACUAGAUUGAACGAUUUGGGGAAAAUAUCAAGUUGUGAUUUUUUCUAACCAAUAUUCUCAUUGCAGUUUAAAUCUGAUUACUGUCUAUAUAUAUUAAGCUCUGGGCCUUUUUUGCCAAAAUGACCAGCAUAUUCAUUUUUCAGACUUUGAAUGCUGAAUGUUAUGAGCCAGACUUCUAGUUCACAGACUUCGUUAUUAGAUUAGUUUAUUAGGCUCAAUUUCUCCACAUAAAACUUAAAAUAAGUGUAAAUAAUGUUGUAUAUAAUUAAAACUGCAGUUAUUACUCUGCAUUUUUUCAAGUUGCAAUUUUGAUAUGACAAUUAUUAAUUGUUCAGCUCUAGUGUAAACAAAUUGUCUGCCCUCCUUUGUUUAGUUAUAUAUGCUUCUUACCAUAAACUGUAAUCUC